UAUAGUCUAAAGUAAAUCUAAAUAUAUUAGAAUCUAUAUGAUGACUGUUUGCCCCAGGCCACUUUCGUUUCCAUUUUUACUUUUCACCUUCUUGAUUUCUAAGAAGUCACCACUUCUUACGAUGGUAACUUUGUGAAAUGUGAUAAUGCUGACAUUAAUAGUAUGAGUUCUUCGGAAGUUAAGUCAACCAUCAUUGCUGAUCAGACAGUGGAAAAAUCCAAGGAAUCUGAAGGCACAAAGCACAUUUUGAGCAAUGCCAAGGAUGUUGACAUGGAUGCUGUCACUACUGCUCAGCCAGCAGAUAAUUGUGAAAGGCAGGAAGAUGCAAUGGAUGUGGAUUCUACAGCAGAAAAUAAUGUUGAUAUGGAAGAUGAAUACAAAGGUCACACUGAGACAUUAACGCAUCCUGUAAACACAGGCCAAGAAGACAGCUUUAACAGUGGUGACCAUACACCUGACACUAAAGGGGAAGAUACCGCGUCCACAGCAAAUAAUAUUCCAGCUGAUCAAAUACUAACUGAGAAAUCAAAUAAUAAUCCAGCAACUCAAGAAGUGACUGGAGAAUUAAUUCAUAAGCCUGCUCAAGCAACUGUAGACUGUAAUAACCCGGAGGGUUUAGCUUCCCUCCAGACAACCAAGGAAGUUGGUUCAAUAAGUCAUAACAUUGGUGGCACUGACCAAGAUUCCUCUAGUGCAACAGGAGACUCCACAGCACAAAUUCCAGAGUCCAGUGGACCAACACCAGAUACAAACCUCAAUCCAGUUCCAGAUAAUAGUAAAAUAGCAGAUUCCAGUGGUCUAGGAGAUUCCUACUCCAAUACAGUGCCAGGAUUAACUGGAGGUAAAAACCCUGCUGAGACGGUCAUUGAGAAGGCCUUAGCUGAUCAAGUCCCAGAAAUUAAUAGCCAAAACAGUGUUGCAACUGAGAGUGACACUGAUAAUCUUGGAGACCGCUGUGUCAGUUCCACUCUUGGUAGUAACAUCAGGGAGAACAAAAACAUUGCCAAACCUGACAGUUUCAAUUCUAAUAAAAUUGGAGACAGAUCUGACAGUUUAAAAACUGAUCAGGCUAGAAGUACCUGGCUUAGUCCUACACCUGGUAGUAAAACUUCUGAAUCAGUGGACAACCAAAACAGUGCCCGAGCUGACCAUCACGCAGAUAAUCUCGGAGACAACCAAAACAGUGUGCAAAUUGAUAUUCAUAAUACUGAUCAGGUUAAAACAAUCUUGCGUACUUUAACACCUGAUAACAAAUUAGAAGAAUCUAGUGAACCAGACGGAGAAAAAAAAGAGCCAUCAGCAGAAGACAAGCCUAAGGAGACAGAUACAGAUACAAUGGGACAAUGUUUCUCUUCAAAUAAUUCGGCAGAUGAAGAGAAAGCAUGUAGGAUGAGCACAAGUAAAACUAUAGUAAAAGCAUCACCACGUGCUGUUUCUUUAAUGGCAACACUUGAAGGCCUAUUUCAUUCCUUCAGUCAUUGGAUUUGUUGGCGCUUUCACCUUUUGUUAAAUUUCUUUCAAAAGGACCCAAAUUCUUCAACUAAGAAAAACAAGAAGGGUUCUGGUUAUGGAUCAAAUGACAACAGUGGUAACAACCAUAACUCUGAGAAACAGAAUAAAAGACCAAAGCCUAAUAGACCUGGUGACAGAGAUACAGAAAAAUACAGAAAGGGCUACCCAGGCCAGAAGGACGAUGAAAAAGCUAAUGCAAACUGGCUCUUUUACAACAAUGAAAUACAGUCUGAGCCUGAUGGAGCUUUUAUAGAUGAUAUACAUCAACAUUGGAAAGGGGAUUAUAAAAAAUUAGAACGUCACCAUGGCUAUAUACAAUGGUUGUUCCCCAUUAGAGAACAUGGAAUGAACCAUCAUGCCCAACCUCUACAGCUGCAUGAAGCUGAGAAAAUCAAGAGUGACCAAGAGGCCAUGAGGCGUGUACUAAAGUCCUAUAGACUGAUGCUAGACUUUUAUGGCAUGGAAUUGGUAGAUGAAUCAACUGGUAAACUAAAGAGGUCAGAUAACUACAAGGAAUGUUUUCACAAUCUGUCUUGGAGCUCACACAACUACUUGCGUAUAACUCGAAUACUCAAAUCUCUUGGAGAGCUGGGCUAUGAACAUCUGAAGAAACCUUUCCUUGAGUUUGUUCUACAUGAAGCUUUAAAGGAAAAAACUCUGACCAAAACACUGUCAAGUUGUGAGAGCUACUGGAUUGGUACCGUCAAAAAUGAUGACGAGAGAGAAGAGCUCUAUCAGAUGAUUGAGAAGUAUAAAAAAUAACUGCUGAAAGUGUAGUAUGUUGACAACAACUUGUUUUAUUUUUUUUGUUUCCUGUUGUAGGAACAUUUUAAACACUUUAACAUGAUUAUUGUUUUUAACAAAAGUUUUUGAAAAAAAAAGUUUCACGUGCUUUCAUAUGUAUAUAUUUAUUGUUUCAUUGUUAACAUCUUUAGAAACCUUUUUGUUAUUUGUUGCUUUUUUAAAAAUAAUUAAAAUAAAUUCAGCAUUCUUUGACAGAUAACCCAUACAUAAUCUCUUACAGUAACAAGACCUUUUUUAAUCUCCCCUACUUGAUUUAUUUCUCCCGAUAAGAAAUUCACUGGUUGGAAAAGCUAAAAAGAAAAUCUAGUCUCUUUAAAGUUUUUGGUUUAAAUUUAUUACUGGAAUUUAAAAAAUUAAUUUUUCUCUCAAAGAUAGGUAAAAAUUUAACUUUUGGUUUUGUUUAAAAAAAGAAAAUAAAUAAUGUAUCAUAUUGAAAUUUUUUAACUGUUUAAUAACUUAAACAGAGAAGGAUGUCUGGUUUAGAUAACUAUUGACUAGAGCAUGUUUUUUAACAAAAGAAAUAAUUUUCUUUAUCUUAAAGAUUCAGAAUUUUGACACAUAGUUUUUGUUUGUUUCUCCCUGAGUAGUUUACUUUUUAUUGUCUAAACCUCCAACAUUAUUCAGUAUAAUUUAAUUUGUCUGGGUGUUUGAAGACAACACUCCCCACGGAGCAGUGAUAGACUGGGCCGAGGCCUGUCUGUGUGAAUUAAUAGACUGGUCAAGGACCUCGUUAGUUUUAUGGAUUGAAUAUGCCAAUUAAUAAACCUGUUCUUUUUCAAUUAAUUUGCUUAAACAUUGAAAAUAAAUUGUGUUGUAUUGGUCUAUAUGUCUGUGUUAGCUAGUCUUUUAAAUUUUCACAUAGGCCUGUAAAAAACUCUAAGGUCUAAUGAUUUGUACUAUGACACAAGGAUUUUCUGCUCUUAGCCUAGACACUAGUUGUUAGCUUACUUUUAUUCUUGUUUAUAGAUUAUUUUGUUAUGAUUUUGAGUAAGUGAAAACAAUUCAGAAAAAUACACCGUAAAUUUGUGAUAAUUCUUCUAGGAUUGGAACACUGAACAAAGAGGACUACACCUUUAUUAGGAGAAAACAUAGAGUUCAUGUGUUGAUUAUUGAUUUCCUGAAAUACACUUUAUGUAAACCUGUUGCAGCUAAGAUUUGCAAAUUUUUAAUACUUACCUGUUGACCAUUUUAUAUCACGUGCUUUUGCAUAAGGUGACUUAUUGUUUCUCUUUCCAUAUCAAAUGUUAAUAUUCUUUUGUUAGAUCAGAAAUGUUUGAUGACUUGUAUCUGUAAGCUACUAUGUUCAGUCAGGUCCAAGUCAGUAGAAUGUCUGAGCCCACCCAGCUCUUAUGGGUACCUAAAGUAAAGGCAGCUGGGCAAAGUGCUGAACACACCUUCCCUUCUUAUGCCGAGGUCAAAUAUAUAUGAAUGCUACUACAUCUGCCCAAUGGAUCACUAGGUCUAAAGAGGAUUCUUUUCUUACUUACUUUUACUUGCCAAAACAGCUUUUAUGCCUUCUGAUUAUAGAAAUAGAUAAUCCAUUUUUUAUUUAUUAUAAUUAUUUGAAUUACCUCCCUUACACCACAUGAAUGAAUGAAACUAUGACUGGCAGACAUGAUAAAAUAGGACAACCAGUUUUAAUUAAAACUAAUUUUUGCAAAUUGAGAGAUAUUUUAAAAGAUGUAUUAGUUGUAGACUUUCAUGAUUUAAAACCAGUGUCAGAUUUAGGUUUUCUAUCCAUUAUUAUACUAUAAGAUUAGAUUUAGGUUUCUACAACUAAGAUUUUUAGUUUUCAACACCUUACACAGUGUCAGAUUUAGGUUUUCUAUUAUGUUUUAAGUUAGGUUUAGGUUUCCUCUAACUUUAUAGUGUUAGAUUCAAGUUUUUUCUAACUUACAAUGAGCAUCCGACAUCAAUGUUUUACAAAGAAGUUCAAACUGGUGAAAAGUGACCAAUCCUUAAGAAGACAGUAGCUGUGUUAACUUUUUUUAUUUAAUUUCAGCUGAGUACACCAUUUUUUAAUAAUCUGAUAGAAAAUAAUUAUAAAUGUAGUUUUACCAUUGCCUACAAGAGACUAAAAAAGUUGAACACGUUUUCUGACUACAUUUUAACAUCAUUGUUAUGUAUAUCUGGAGUCAAAGACAUUUGUAUGUUUAAAAGGUUUUAUUAAGAUUUUCAAUUAUUCUUAGAAUAUAUAGAAGAAUAAAAAAAAAUGUUCCUCCAAUCAUUUUGUUUAUAGCUGCUCCAUUCACGUACUGUCAAAAAUUGUCACUAAAGUAAAGACCACUCUCCUCCUUAAUAACAUUACUAAGCUCUUUAAACCCAUACCUAAAAAGAAUUUUUUUUAGGAAAUAUGAAAUUUUUUCUUCACUUUUCUUAACCCUCCUGUGUGAUAUCUUAGACACUCUCCAAUUUAAAGUUAGUUCUUUCAAAUUUGGUGCUCAUUGCAAAAGAAUUUAUAUGACACUUUAGGAGAGAAUAGUUUCAAGAACCUGUAUAAGGUUGUGCUGAAUUCAUAUUUUUUAAUAGUUCUGUUCAAAUCAGUUUUUAUACUGCUUACAUCCUGCAGUUGUUUCUUGUGUUGUAUUAAUAAUUUCAAUUUCUCUGAAGCAAAUUGAGGAACUCUACUUCACUUGCACCAUCAGGUUCAAAAGGGAACUUUACUUUUCUGCUUUAACUAAAGUGGGAAUAUACUAGCUAUGCAAUCCCCCCACUAGAGACAGCUGAUAAAAUAAUCUAUUUGAUUCAGAUGAUUUAUGGCAUACAUUACACUGCUUAUUUUA